GGCUGGCGGCUCCAGCUCCAGCUCCGGCGGCAGCGGCGUCUUCCAGAGUCCCGCGGCGAAGAUGCUGAAAGUCACGGUGCCCUCUUGUUCCUCCUCGUCUUGCUCCUCAGUCAGCGCUGAUGCUGGGUCUGGGAACCUCGUCCCGGAUUACUGGAUAGACGGCUCUAACCGGGAUGCUCUGAGCGAUUUCUUCGAGGUGGAGUCAGAGCUGGGACGGGGUGCUACAUCCAUUGUGUACAGAUGCAAACAGAAGGGGACGCAGAAGCCCUAUGCUCUCAAAGUGUUAAAGAAAACAGUGGACAAGAAGAUUGUAAGAACUGAGAUAGGAGUUCUUCUGCGCCUCUCACACCCGAACAUCAUAAAACUUAAGGAAAUAUUUGAAACCCCCGCAGAAAUCAGCCUGGUCCUUGAGCUGGUCACGGGAGGAGAGCUGUUUGACAGGAUCGUGGAGAAAGGAUAUUACAGUGAGCGUGACGCUGCUGACGCCGUGAAGCAAAUCCUGGAGGCAGUUGCUUACCUGCAUGAAAAUGGGAUUGUGCAUCGCGAUCUCAAGCCAGAAAAUCUUCUCUAUGCAACUCCAGCCCCAGACGCACCACUCAAGAUUGCUGAUUUUGGACUUUCUAAAAUUGUGGAACACCAAGUGCUCAUGAAGACAGUAUGUGGAACCCCAGGGUACUGCGCACCUGAGAUUCUCCGAGGCUGUGCCUAUGGACCUGAGGUGGAUAUGUGGUCUGUAGGGAUAAUCACCUACAUCUUACUUUGUGGAUUUGAACCAUUCUAUGAUGAAAGAGGUGAUCAGUUCAUGUUCAGGAGAAUUCUGAACUGUGAAUAUUACUUUAUCUCCCCCUGGUGGGAUGAAGUAUCUUUAAACGCCAAGGACUUGGUCAGGAAACUAAUUGUUCUGGAUCCCAAGAAACGGCUGACUACAUUUCAAGCUCUCCAGCACCCUUGGGUCACAGGGAAGGCAGCCAACUUUGUCCACAUGGACACUGCUCAGAAGAAGCUCCAAGAAUUCAAUGCUCGGCGCAAGCUUAAGGCAGCAGUGAAGGCUGUGGUGGCCUCCUCUCGGCUGGGAAGUGCCAGCAGCAGCCACAGCAGCAUCUCAGAGAGCCAGAAGGCCAGCCCAGAGCCGUCUUCCACCCAAGAUGUCCAAGACAACACAGCUCUUCUGGAAACGAAAAUGCAAGAGGAGGUCCACGUGGCCGCUGAGGUUACAGAUGCUGAGAUGAAGCUGCCGUCCGUGAAGGUAGAAGGAGAUGCAGAUGUAAAAGAGGAGAAAGUCUCUGAGAUGGAGCCUCUCGUCCUGGAGAACGGGAUGAAGAUGGGUAACCUAGCCGUGAAGAGCUCAGGGGAGAAGAUGAAGAGUGUGGAGGAAGAAAUAGACCCUAAAGCUGAGGAAGAAGCCCCUGCAGUGGGACUUGGGGCUCCACAGCAGGAUGUGAUUCUGCCAGAGGACUAAGCUGGCCUCCUUUAGAUCCAGAGACCAACCCCCGCUUUUUAUGUACUUUGUCCUUCAGCAAGGAAGGUGGGGAUGCAUGAUAUGCAUUACAGUGAUUCUGUUUUGAGGUGCAAAAAAAAAAAAACCCAUAUAUACCAGUUGGUAAUCCUAA